UCAUAUCAGUUCCAGUGACACAGUCUCUAUUCCAACAGCGACACUUUCCCGCUCCGCAACUUCACGCCUGUCAGAUAUGUCCCGCAAAACAAUGCUGGCGUUGGCGAUCUACGGAUUUGUAGUGUUGUGCAUGCCCACGACAUCCGCACAAACCGUUUAUGACGGUAAUGCGUUGGAUAGUCGCAGCGGAUGGGAUGCCUUGGGCGGGUUGUACGCUCUACUCGCCCAGCAUGACGCUCUUGAUGGACACGCGCUGGCUCGCAAAUCUGUUCGCUCGCCUUCCCGCCGCUUGCGCUUCGGACGUCGCUCAGACCCUGAGAUGCCACCUCAAGCACCGAUGGAUGAGAUGGAUGAGCUGUUCUCUCUGCGCGAGGCUCGUACCCCAGUUCGUCUACGUUUUGGCCGCCGCUCCGAUGAACGCGCCGUACCCCACAUCUUUCCUCAGGAGGAUCAGGAUCGCGCUGUGAGAGCUCCCUCUAUGAGACUUCGUUUCGGUCGUCGCUCUGAUAAUUCAUUUUUACUGCCGUUUGAGUCGGCUCUACAGAAGGAAGUUAAGGCAAACAGCGAGGAUGACAGACAACAGAAUUGAACCAACAGAAUACACGAUAUCUCUAAGUAAAUUUAUAUUCUCCGCUCCAUACAACUAUCAGCAAAUUAUGUCUUAGGCGAAAACUAAUUGUUUACUGCGUUGAAGUGUCAAAUUUUAAAUAUCAAUUUCGAUGUUAUUCAAAUACAUUAUCUAUUGUAAGCUAUAUGUACAUAAUCAGAUAGUAUAUAUUAUGUCGUUAAUGUUACUACGUAGCUAAACUAUUAAUGGAUCUAUGAACUCUCUAUGUGUUUAGUUGUUUUUGUAUAUCUCAGCAUUUUUACGAAGAAAUCUACAUUUUAUGAGCUGGAUAAAUGUACAAUUUCUUCUAACGCUAUUGUCACAGUUCAAAGAGUUCGGUUACAGCUAGUAUCCAUAAAGAUUAUGUUUAUAAAGUUAUCAUAGAUUAAUAAGUUGAAAUAUAAAUCUAAAUACAACAUUGUGUUUUUA